ACUAAACUAGAAAACAAAAAAGAAAACAAAUAACAGGGCAACUUGUUAAUAAACUAUUAAAAAGAAAAAUUACCCAACUCAUACCUUACUAUCGAUCGCAACAUGACUUCACAUGCUUAUUACAAAGAUCGAUUGGGCUUUGAUCCAAAUGAAGGACAAUAUGAGUCUUUAAAUACAAUACGGAAAGAUAAAAACAGGCAUUAUCAUUACCAACAACCACAGCAUCGUCGCCAGCAACAGCAUUCAACCACAACCUCUCCUGCUCGUAUUUCCAUUUUACCAGGCGUCACUUCACUUGAUCAAUAUGUCGAUACUUGCCCCGCUAAAAAGGCCAAGUCGUCGCCAGCUGUUCCUCAUGGCGGUUACGAAGAUGCGUUGACUCAAUUCAAAGGUACCAUGUCAAUAUGGGAAUAUUUUGUAGAAAAUUUGGAUAAUAUAUACGAGCGAGAUGCGAUUCAGAAGAAGACUUUUACAAAGUGGGUUAAUAAACAUCUUAAAAAGCAUUGGAAAUAUGCGAAGACUUAUACAAUGUUACAUGUUUGUGUUAUUACAAACGACGGUCCCUGUUGCCCACCAUAUCCAGCCAACAGACGAGUGGAAGAUUUGUUCGAAGAUUUGCGUGAUGGACACAAUUUGCUUUCAUUGCUGGAGGUACUCUCUGGUGAACACUUGCCUCGAGAAAAGGGGAAAAUGCGUUUCCACAUGUUGCAAAACGCUCAGAUGGCGCUCGACUUUUUGCGUUACAAAAAAAUAAAACUGGUUAACAUCCGAGCUGAAGAUAUUGUUGAUGGGAACCCAAAGUUGACUCUGGGUUUAAUAUGGACAAUUAUUCUUCAUUUCCAGAUAUCCGAUAUUGUAGUUGGAAAGGAGGACAAUGUUUCAGCACGGGAGGCACUUCUUUCUUGGGCACGUCGCUCUACUUCUCGAUAUCCCGGUGUUCGGGUGAAUGACUUCACAACAUCAUGGCGAGAUGGUUUAGCAUUUUCAGCUCUUGUUCACCGUAAUCGACCAGAUUUGCUUGAUUGGCGAAAAGCAAGAACUAUUCGCCCAAGUGAACGUCUGGAAAAUGCGUUUUAUAUUGCCGAGAAAGAAUAUGGUGUCACUCGGCUGUUAGAUCCGGAAGACGUUGAUACGAAUGAACCAGAUGAGAAGUCUUUGAUCACAUAUAUAUCUUCGUUGUACGAUGUAUUUCCCGAACCUCCAUCAAUUCAUCCUUUAUUUGACGUGGAAUCUCAACGUCGAGUUCAAGAAUAUCGCGACCUUGCACGACAAUAUAUUUACUGGUGUCGUGAAAAAAGCGCCUACUUGCAAGAACGCACUUUUCCGUCAAAUCUUAUUGAAUUGAAACGUUUGCUUAACGACCUUCAUCACUUUCGCAGCGAAGAGGUCAGCGCCCGCAAACGAGAAAAACUAAAGCUCGUUCAAAUCUACAAGGAGCUCGAGCGUUACUUUGAGAGCAUCGGCGAGAUCGACGUAGCACCCGAACUCCGUCCUGAUGCAAUCGAAAAAGCAUGGUAUCGCAUGCAAACUGCUUUACAGGAUCGUGAAAUAAUUUUGCAGCAAGAAAUAGAACGUUUGGAACGCUUGCAACGACUGGCUGAAAAAGUUCAACGAGAAAUCAAGCAUAUUGAAGUAAAAUUAACUGAUAUAGAAACACAUAUUUCUGAGGAGACUGUACGUAUCGACAGACUUCACCCCGUAGACGCCAAAAACAUUGUAGAGUCGUUUGAGCUCGAACUACGUCACAUGGAAGAGCCCAUUCAAAAUAUGAAUCAAGACUGCCAUUUGUUAAGCGAAGGGCACUACAAUACUGUCGAAGAUUUACAUAAAAAAGUAAACAAAGUGCAUCAAAGAUGGGCGCAGUUGCGUGCGACCUUGCACACAAAUCUUGUACAGAAAUUAUCGGGUCUUAAAUAUCCCAUCCAUGAAACCACACUAACACGCCAAACACGCAUGGUAGUUGAGUCGCGUCAAAUCGAAACGAACCAACACUUCAGGAAUCUGCAAGAACAUAUUGAAUGGUGCCAAACCAAACUUAAACAAUUACUAGCAGCGGAUUUUGGAUCUGAUUUGGGGUCUGUAAAAGAAGAAUUGGACCGUCAGCAGUAUGAGCACAAGAUCAUUGAUCAAUUUCACGUGAAAAUUCUCAAUGAUGAACGGCAUCAGAACAAAUUUAUAAAUGACGAAUUGCAUUUGUAUCAACAACGCUUAAAUCAACUGCAGAAAGUCUACGCUGAGCUCUUAAGCACGUCUACCAAAAGACUUUCCGAUUUGGAUUCACUGCAACACUUUCUAAUUCAAGCUUCUGCCGAACUACAAUGGCUAAACGAAAAGGAACAAAUCGAAAUCAGCAGAGAUUGGGCUGAUAAAAAUUUGGAUUUAUCUUCAGUUCACAGAUAUUACGAGCUUACGUUUGGUAAUGGAGAUGAGAACCUAAUGUCCGAUUUGGAAAAGCGGGAAUUACAUUUUGGUACCAUUUUGGAUCGCGGCGAGACUUUACUUAAUCAGCAGCAUCCUGCUUCGAAGUGUAUUGAAAGUCAUUUGACAGUUUUGCAACAGCAAUGGGCUUGGUUGUUGCAACUGACUCUAUGUCUGGAAGUGCACCUUAAACAUGCAACCGAAUAUCAUCAAUUUUUUGCGGAAAUUAAGGAUGCAGAACAGUGGUUGAUCAAUCGUGAUGAAACGUUAAACAACAAAUACUCUCAAUCGGAUUUUGGACUUGAUCAAGGUGAAAACUUGUUAAGAGGAAUGCAAGACCUCCGUGAAGAAUUUAAUGCAUUCGGAGAAACUGUAGCCAACCUGCAACACAGAGCACAAACAAUUGUUCCUUUGACAAAACGACGCCAGCCUCUGAGUCAACCGGGAUCUGUACAAGCAAUUUGCGCCUACCAACAGCAAGGACAGAUUCAAAUAGACAAGGGUGAAACUUGCACUUUGUUGGACAAUUCAGGUCGAUUAAAAUGGAGGGUGCGCACAUCGAAGGAUUUCGAAGGCCCGAUACCGAGUGCCUGCUUGUUAAUUCCUCCGCCAGAUAAAGAAGCGACUACUGCUGCGGAAAGAUUAAAACGCUUAUUUGAUCGCUCGAUUAAUUUGUGGCAGAAAAAGCACUUACGUCUACGCCAAAAUAUGAUUUUCGCUACCAUACGCGUGGUAAAAAGUUGGGAUUUUGAUCAGUUUUUGGCGAUGGGUCCUGAACAACGUACGGCUAUUAGACGCGCCUUAAAUGAUGAUGCAGACAAAUUACUGAGCGAAGGUGACCCUAACGAUCCUCAACUUCGUCGUUUAAGCCGCGAAAUGGAAGAGGUGAAUCGUUUAUUUGAUGAAUUUGAAAAGAGAGCUAGAGCCGAAGAGGAAAGCAAGAAAGCUAGUCGCAUCUUUACCGAAGAGUGCGUUUCUGUCAAGGCUAAAUUGGAAGAUAUGGCGCGAGAAUUGGAACAAAAUAUAAGCGCUCCUUUACCGCGCGAUGUGGAUUCUUUGGAUCACGUUCUGCAAAUACAUUCCGACUACGAACGUCGCUUACAUUUAUUGGAUCCUGAAUUGCAACACCUGCAAGAGACCUUCCGCACUAUCGUCCUUAAAACGCCUGCUCUGAAAAAGAGCCUCGACAGUUUAAUGGUUUUAUGGAAGGAAUUAAGUUCCUUGAGUAAUUUACAUAAAGAUCGCUUAAAAUUGCUUGAAACAUCGCUUAUCGGAUUGGAUGAUAACGAGCACUUUAUAUCAGAAAUCGAAAAUGAACUAGGUAGACACCGAGAUUUGCCGUCAACACCGGAAGGCUUGCAGAUGAUAUUCAAACAACUCUCUCAAAUACAAGAAGCAGUAACGCAACAGCAGCCACAUAUGGAGAAAAUGACUGAUGCAGCGGAUCAACUGGGGCGAAUGGGUGUACCGAGUAAGGUGUUAAAUGAUCUAAAGCGUUUGCACUCGAAUGUAGAGCGCUUGAAUACACGCUGGAGCGCUAUUUGUAAUCAAUUAGCAGAAAGAAUGCGUUCAUGCGAAAACGCGAUCGUUAUGAUGAAAAAUCUUCACUCAAGUAUACAGGUGGAGGAAUCAUGGGUCGAUGGCACUACUGAAAAAUUAUCUGCUAUGCCUGCCGCAACAUCUGCGUACGAACUAGACAAGAUGCUUGGUGAAGCUUUGGAACGAAAAGCAAAAAUUGAGAAUAUUAACUUAUCUGGGAAAAGACUCUUAAGAGAAGCUAAGAUAUACGACAGCAAGUGCUUACACUUCAUUGAUUGGUUGUUAGAGGUGCGUCCCUCAUUUUCGCCACCUCAUCAAGAUUGGGAUAAUAUUGACCCUGUUGCGGUGCAAAAUUUAAGCAUUUUUUGCAAUAAUUUAAACACGAAAUUUCAAUAUCUCCUAGAACAGCUAUAUCAACGAUUGCAGGUCGCGAUUGAUGCAAAUGAAUUUGAGCGCUUGAAAUUUGCAGAAAGUCUUGAAGAACCACUUAAAAUUCUACAAAGACAUAAAAUACCUACUACAAAAAAUUAUGAUUGUUUCACCACGACGAACAAGACAACAACCCAAUACGCCUCUAUUAAAGACAUCCGCACACCAAUUGGAAUUGCAAUAGCUAUUAGUGAGGGUGAUUCACAAACAGAGAAAAAGGAAAGUGCCAAUUUGGAAAAAAAUAUAGAAUUGGAAAACAACAGACAAGUUCCUGACUGCAAGGCAUUAUCAGAUAUAAGCCCUGGUUGUUCUCUGAGGAUAAAUGAAGCCACGCAACCGAUUGCCUUAAACGUGAACGCUGGCAGAUUGUUGGCCAGUGAUGAUCGAAUACCUUUAGGGGAGGCCGUUAACCGGAAAUUAAUCGAUGUUCAACCGUUCUAUAAGCUAAUGGAUCCUAGAUCUGAUUCUGAGACAAAAAAUAUUUCACAGCUUGAAGUUCUGCAAGAAGAGUAUAAUAGAAAGAAAGCAGAUCGCGAAGCCAUGGUAAAGCCCAAUGAAGAAAAAAACUUGGCAGAUAUAGAUAAACUUGACAAAUUUAAAACUAUCAAUAGAAAUUCCGACACUGAAACUAUUACACCCGAUUAUGUUGUUCGACAUGAAUCAGUAACAAUAAAAUCAAAUGCUCUAUGUUUAAGCGAUGCUAUAGAACAUGGGUUAGUUAACAGUGACGGAUGGAUUGCCGAUCGCAAUUCGGGUGAAAGGUUCAAACUGGAUGUGGCUAUAGCUAAACAAAUAAUAGAUCCAAGCAUUCGUGAAGUUGUUGAUGUUAGUAACGACUCAAAGAUUACAGUAGAGGAAGCUAUCAGAAGAGGUAUAUUAAACGUAGCAAUGGGUCACUAUAUAAAUGAAAGCACAGAAGAAAAGUUGUCGUUUCAUGAUGCUAAGACUCUUCAACUUAUUACGAAACCGUGUACCCUUAAAGAUGUAUGUGAUAAGAAUUUGAUGGAUAAAAUGGCAAGAAUUACUAGCCCUAUGUGUCGAAAAAAGCUGACUAUCACGGAAGCUAUUGAAGUAGGGGUUUUGGAUUUUGACAGUUUAAAAUGCAUCACUAGAAAAAAAGGCGAAUUGGUAACACUGCAAAAUGCAAUAAAGGAUGAUAUUAUACUGCCAGCUGAAUCCCAAUACAGAAACUUUUCGACUGGCGAAAUUUUCAGCAUACCUGAGGCUGUAGAACGUGGCUUAAUUAGUAGUGUCAGGCAGACCCCUAUAUUUGAUAUAGAUGGUUUUAAAGAUAGGCAAAGUAACGACUUUUUUAGUUUCAACGUGGCCUUAUCUCGCGGGAUAUUGCAUCGUUCAAGUUCAGGCUUUACUGUAGAGAUAAUACGAGAUACAUACAAAUCUUUAGAAGAAGCUAUGAUCGAAGGUUUAAUCCGAUCAGAAGUGUACGAAAUGUUUCACAAAAAAGUAGGCAUAAAAAACGCGAGCGGUAAAGAAUUUAACUUAUUAGAUUUGUGCUAUCACAAUCUGAUUAACCCUAAGAGCGGUUGCCUCCUUGAUCCUAAAAGUGGCCAAACCAUUCCUCUUGAUAUAGCUUUAAAACGUAAAUUUAUAACGGCAGAAGGUGCAUUGCGUUUAAGUAGUCUUCUUAAUAUUACAUUAACCACGGAAACUGUGACACGCACUGUUAAUCGUUAUGUGACUAUUCAUACUAAAGAGCAACUCCGUCUGCCCAGUACAAAGGCACUAUCAUUCACGGAAGCAAUUCGACAGGAACUGGUAGACGAAGACAAACAGAUGUUUACGGACCCAAACACAGGUAUGACUUACUCCAUUCAACAGGCCUUAACGUAUGGUUUGCUUGGAGUAGAUUCCAAUGACAAUUUAUCAGAAUCCGCCAAAAAAUUUAAAUCCACUAUAACUAUUAUGGCUAAGCAGAGGGUUGCGGACAUGGAUCCUAACGAAGCAAAUCUGCAGCAAUAUGUCGACAAUUACCUUGAUAUUCCGUUUACGGAGAACCACUCAAAUAGUGGUGACUUAAAUGAUAAAUUCAUUGGAAGUGAUCAAGUAUCAAUUAUGGUUAAAGAAAAUUCUCAGACUGCUAAAUGUGAAAUAUUCUCUCCUGAACCACUACAAAUUGCUCCAGGAAUUAUUUACGAUCCUUCAACUGCUUUGGUAAUUUUCAUUCAAAGUGGUCAAACUGAAAACAUUUUGAAAGCUGCUCGUCUUGGAUUAAUAGAUGACAAACUUAUUCGCAUUUUUGAUCCCGAAACGCAAGAAAAUAUUUCCCUUAGAGAGUCCGUAGACCGAAAAAUAUAUGACCCUGAACUUUGCUCUAUUUUGGCUGAAUCAGGGUGCCGUUUAAAUAUUAUAACGGCUAUUCAAAAGGGCGUAUUGACAGUAUCGGGUACGCCGUUGGUGGCUGCAGAAGAUGCAUUGCAUUUAGUAAAAUUUAUAGCGAAUCCAUCUACAAACGAACAGAUCACUGCUGAAGUUGCUUAUGAAAGGGGUACAAUAGCUAAAGAUAAUCUUAUAACACAAAAAUCCAUUGCAAGGGCAAUGCGUAAUGAAAAAAUAGGUGUUUUCCAUAAGAUUCGCAAAGUUAGAUUGAAGUUGAAAGAGGCUUUAGAAAAGGGAGCCAUUGAUGGGGAAACUUAUGGAAUUUUAAAGAAUGAGCAAAAUUUUAUAAACGAGAACAAUGAACGCUUGUCCAUUUCUGAAGCCAUUGAUCUUGGAUUUGUUGAUGGUAAUAAAGGCAAAGUUGUUGAUCCUCAGCGUAAUUGUAUAUUAAAUUUACACGAAGCUGUGGAUGCACAUAUUAUAGACUCUGAUGCGGCUGGCCUUCUUAUCCCAUUAGUGAAAAGCCUUUCUAUACCUAAGCUCAUGGAGCAAGGUCUUAUUGACACAAAAACUAACAAAAUCAUUCAUCCAGAAAGUGCGUGCUUUUUAAAUAUUCACGAAGCAAUAAUUUGUGAGAUACUGGACCCUUUUUCAAAAAUUAAGGAACCCGCUGAGUGCACGAUCAUUGACGCUUUCGAAAAAAAAAUUAUUGACGCUGACGAAUGUACAUUUAAAGUUAAUAAGAAAUCACUAAGUUUAACAGAAAGCAUAGCGUUAAAUAUAUUUGAAACGAAAAGCGAUUUAAAACCUUCGCUUAUGCCGAUUCCCCCGGUUGGUAUGACCUUUGCAGUUAUUGUUGAAAGAGGUUUACUUAAAACUAAGCCAGCUUCGAUAAUUCAUCCAGAAUUGAAGAUUCAAAUUCCACUUCAAAAAGCAAUUAAGGAGGGAUUUAUCAUGUCCAUUCCAUAUCCACCAAAAAGUAAAGCAAUUGGAGUAAUUCAAGCUGUUGAGGAGGGUCUUAUUAAUGUUGAGAACAAAACAUUCUCUCACCCGGACGAAGAUGUCCACUUAUCGAUUAGGCAAGCUCUAGAAAAGGGCGUGCUAGUCGUGAAACCUAUAUGCGAGUUUGUCGCAUCUCAACGACCUACGCCACAAACGAAUUUUACGGACAGCGUAAACACUGCACAUGAGAUAUCAACGAAGACAAUAGAGUUGACACAAGAAUAUGUCUUAAUUUCAAACGAUGAAUUUCGAAAUAUUGAAACACAAGUUUCACGCUCCACUUCGGAAGGGAAUGUUUUAGAAACAACCGUGAGCGACAACCGUGCAAAGACGAAACACUUGAAUUCGUUUGCUCAAAUAAGUAAUGACAGAGGACAGUCAUGCGUUUCCAGAGUACACAUCGAAAAAAAUUACGUACCAGAAGUAGCUGAAAAACCCAAGCCAAGUUCAUCGUAUACGACUGUAAAUAAAGCUAAAGAAGCCUUAACGAAGGGAACGACUGGGAUUGUCGCUGCACAUGUGCUAGCCGGAGCGUCAAUUGUUAGCGGAAUCAAAGAAUUCAAUUCAGGUAUCACUAAGGGUUCUUUUAAAAAAGGAAAAAAACAAAAAAAAAGAGAAUCAAAUGAGGACGUGGAUACGGAACAGAACAAAUUGUCAAGUAUUUCUGAACAAAGACUUGUUAGGAGCGCUAGCCCCGUUCUUCACGACCCAGAUAAUUCUUUUAAAGAUUUACAACUCGAAGCAAAUGUAUUUUCAGAUCGAAAUGAAAAUCAAGUAGAAAAAAAAAGAACACAAAAUGUGGAUACUGAAGACCAUAUAAAUUCUCCUCGAAGUUCAAAAACCAAUUCGACUUGUCCCGGUUUUAAAGCAGAUGUCACGGCAAAUACUGGACAAGUUCCUUUUGAUUUAAUUUCUCAAACGACUGCGUAUGAGCCCAAGGAAGAGUCUUUAAAAAAUAACUUAAUGAAAUGUAAUAAAAUGCAAUGGACGAGUCAAAAGGUAAAUAAUUUUGGACCGUCCCCUUAUUUGGUGAACACCAGUGACCAAAUCACGAUUGAAAACCUCAGUAGACUGAACGUUUAUGACAAAAAUAAUGAACACUUUACUAACCCUUCAACCGGCAGCAAGAUACCAUUCCAUGCCUUGGUUUCUGAGAUGAACAUUUUCAACCCUGAAACGACAUUGGUAAAAAAUUUUACGACGGAACAAUAUGAGUCUCUAACACAGGCCCUGGAACGUCCUCUGCUUGACAGAAAUAAUGGUCAUAUGGUUGAUCCAAAGACUGGCACAAAAAUUUCCUUUUUCGAAAGCGUACAUCGUAAUUGGAUUGUACUUUCCAAGAUCAACGAAAGAAAACAGGCUGCCAUUGAAAAUGUAAUCAAUAAGAAAACCGGGGAAGUUAUACUUGAAGAUGGAAGAGUUUCUUCCAUUGUUGAUGCUAUUAAUAACGGCGUAAUUGACAUUCAGUCUAUUUCAGUACGUGACCCCGUAAGCGGUGAAGUAAUCCCGCUGCGUAUGGCAAUUGAGUUGGGAGUUGUUGAUAUGCAAGCUGGAACCGUAAUCGAUAUACAAACCUUGCAAGAAAUACCGAUGGAGGAUGCUUUUAAACUGGGUUUUCUUGUACCUGGAUCACGCAAGCCAAUUUCUCUCGAAGCUGCAGUUCGACAAGGGCUUUACGACCCAGCAACUGGCAAGCUGUAUGAUUUAGAAUCUAACAAUCAAGUCGAUGUGCAGAGAUCUAUUGAAAUCGGUCUUAUUAAUCCUAAAAUUUCUUUGAUUGUUGAUACAACAACUAAGAGAGAAAUCAAAUUGGAUUGUGCUCUCGAAGAUGAUUUGGUAGUUACUGAAAUAGGAAAAAUUAAAGAUAAAAAGGCAAAUAUUCUAGUAUCAUUAGACGUUGGUCUGGAAAGAAAGUUACUAAAAACUGAUCAUAUCACAUGGAGUUUACCUGAAAUGUUGCAAAGAGAAUACUAUAUACCUAGAUCUGGUAAAAUUCUAAAUCCCAUCACAGGGGAGGAGAUCUGCAUUCGUCAAGCGAUUGAAUUUGGUGUCGUUGAGCUAGAUUCUUGUCUGAUUAAAAAUGAUGAAAAGAGUUUGAUUGUGUCGAGUAAACAAGCUAUCAAAGAAGGUCUUUUAGACAUUGUCCAAGGUACCUUAAGCUGUCCAAAUAUUCAACUCGAUGAAGCUUUUGUGAAAGGUUAUAUAUUUAGCACAAAGAAACCGCUAUCUUUAGUGGACUGUUUGUUACGAGAGAUUUAUGAUCCAAACACUGCACGAUUUAGUAUUGAUGAAGAAUCAGUUGACCUACAGACAGCACUAGUUUUAAAACUUAUAAAUUCCGAAGAACUUAUACUUCUAGAUCCUAAAAAUGAUUGCAUAAUAUCUUUAAGAGAAGCCAUUAGUAAAGGCUACAUCGAUCCUAUUCACGGUCUUGUUAUUAGUCCAUACUCUAAUACUGGACAGUCAUUGCCCGAAGCUCUGGAAAGUAGAAUACUUAUUCCCCACAAACGUAAGCGCAGUUUGCCAGACGCAGUAUAUCGAGGUUUGUAUGAUCCGAAAACGGGCGUGUUCAGCAAUACAAUAACUAGAGAAAAACUCUCAACUGAAUGUGCUAUUCGUAGAGGCAUUCUAGACCCUAAUUCGACCAUUGUCAAUACUGCCGAUAAAGUAUUGUCUUUUGAAAUGGCUAUUGCUUCUGGAUUUGUCGACACAAAGAAAGGCACGGUAAAAGAUAAGUACAACAGAGCCAUUGAUUAUAAGGAAGCAUUUGAUCGAGGGAUUCUCAUCGAAACCCAGAUCCCUAUAAGUUUAAUGGAAGCUAUUAUAAAAAGAAUUUACAAUGAACAAGAUGACACCUUCAUGGAUCCAAGGACUGGAAAAAAAUUAUCUUUAUCGGAAGCAAUCGAGAAUAAACUCUUGGACGAAGAGAGCGUUCAAAUAAAAGAUUCAAAUACCGAUCUUUAUGAAGAAUUUAAUUUAUCAGAUGCUAAGGCAACCGGUCUGAUUGACAGCUGCAGUGCUGUAUUAAUUUACAACAAUCAAAAAUUUACCAUAAAAGAUGCUUUCGAUGUAGGCAUAUUGAAUGAUACGCGAGCUCCCAUUAGUUUGCAAAAAGCUUUGCAUCGUGGUCUUUUUGAUGAAAUUGAUGGAAAAUUCGUAGAUCCAAAUAAUAAACGCAAACUUACUUUGCUUGAAGCUAUCCGAAAUUUCGUUAUAAAUUCUCAGCUACCUUGCUAUUUUGAUGCAGUACCAGAAAAUAUGCACGACUUGGCCGAAACAUGUCAUAUGGGAAUCAUUAAUUGCAUAGAGGGAGUAUUUCGCGUACCUGGUAGUAAUACGUUUAUAUCGUUACAUAAAGCGUUGAAAUUAGGGUUAAUUGUUGAUAUCGAAAAUUCCAAUUUUGGAUUAUAUGAGCUCUUGGCUAUGAAAUUUUAUGACGUAGCAACACGUAAAGUUGUUCACCCUGUUUCUGGCAGAAGACUAAGUCUGAAAGAAGCCUGUGCAGAAGGAAUUGUUAGUUCAUCAGCAAGCUUGGUUAAAAAUCAUAAAACAGGACAAUACACAAAUUUGGCUUUUUCUAUUAAACACAAUUUUAUAGAUGAUAUAAACGGUUGUUAUAAUUUAAGUGAGUCAAACCAAAUCGAUUUGCAGGAAGCACGCGCUCAAGGUUUAAUCGUCUCAAAUCGUAGAUAUUUCGAUUUGGAACUUAUAAUGAAAAUGCGCCUGCUUGAUUCCGAAAGCGGUACAUUUUGCGAUCCUAUUUCAGGAGAUUUCUGUAAUUUGCUUCAAGGCAUACAAAGUGGUUUAAUUAAUGCAACAACAACAGCUUUUAAAAACUUAGCUACUGGCGAGGACAUACCACUCAUUUUGGCUAUUGAGAAGGGAGACGUUGACGUUGAAAAAGGUCGUGUGUUUGAUCAUGGCAGAAAAAUAUCCUACAAUUAUGACGUUGCUAUGCGACGGGGGGUUUUUGUAACGAUGACUAAAGCAAUGAGUGAUGAAGACCUGGUCCGAAGACAUAGUCGCUGUUUAAACGAGCAUAUUUCAGGUAGUGUUUCAUUUAAUGGGCCUAGGGAGAUGUCACUUGAAGAAGCCAUCGCAUAUAAAAUUAUUGACCCCAAGUUUGCCUUUGUGCGCGAUUACAAAUCCCACAAAGAAGUAUCCUUUGAAAUCGCUCGACAAAGUGGUAUAAUCGAUUUGAGUAAGCGAACUUUUGUUGACCCAGAAGCCUCGAUUUUUCAAUUCGACGCAACUUCAGUUAUAUUUGCUAGUGAACCUAUAACAUUUGAUCGCGCAGUGGAGAUCAACGCCUUAGACCUAAAGAGUGGGGUACUCACUUAUAUAAAUUCAUCAAAAUGCCAAGAAGAAGAAAGCGUAAACAACGCUCCAGAAUUUAAAGUAUACAGCCUUAAGGAUGCCAUUACCAAAGGUAUUAUGGAUCCUGAUUCGGCAUUCGUCAAAGAUUUGGCUAAAUCGAAGUUAGUACGUUUGCCGGAAGCAUUUCGCAAAGGGCUAAUAGAUGCAAACCAAGCGAACGUUGUCAAUACAAAAACCUCUAAAAUAUGCAGCUUGCAGGAGGCUUAUGAAAGCGGUUUACUUAUAACUCCUAAAAGAUCAUUCAGUUUGAUCGAAGCUAUAACUUUUAAACUUUACAUACCUUCAACCGGUACUUUCAUUGAUCCUUUCCAUACCAAUGGCAAUAUUACUAAACCCAGAACGAUUACACUUGCUGAAGCGAUAACCAACGGUUUGAUUGAACCUUCGUCAACGGUAAUACGCAAUAGCUCUACUGGAGAAAUUAUACCGUUUACAGCAGCAAUAAAUGUAGGGCUAGUCGAUUCGCAAAAAGGUUGCCUGUUAUGUGUAGACCAUUCCAACGUGGACUUUGCAGAAGCGGCUGAAAAAGGUCUACUACUAAAAGCAGAGCAAAGGCAAGCCGUCUUUGAAAAGUUUAAUUUAUGCGAGCAAAAUGUAACCAACCUUCUUGAAUGGGUCAAUAAAAUUGAGCAUAAAAUUGCUAAUAUUGGUGGACCACGCGAAAAAAUGGACGAGCUUCGCAAUCAAAUUAAUGCUAUUAAGCAAAUCAAGGAUGAAAUUGAAAGCCAACAACGUUCUGUAGCUACUUGUUCAGAGCAAAUUCGGCAAAUUGUGCUUACGGGAGGUGAUGUGCUCUCUGCACCAGAGAUUGCCACUGUAGAAAGUGCGGGUCGCGAAUUACGAUCGCGGGUAGAUCGCGCCAAUGAUCGUGUACAACGUCUUUUACGUCGCCUUGACGCUAGUCGGGAUGAACUCACCAAGUUACGGAGUGAAUUAGAUAUAUUUUCGGCUUGGCUGCAAUCUGCUAGACAUAUUUUGGAAGAUAAAGAAAGAUCAUUGUCAGAUCUCUCCCGCUUGUCUACACAAGUCGAGUCAAUACGCGAGUUCGUAAGUGAUGUAAUAGGACAUCAAGCCGAUUUACGUUUCAUUACCAUGGCAACUCAAAAAUUUGUUGACGAAAGCAAAGAAUUUUUGGCUAUUCUAAAUGAUUUUAGAACUUCGCUCCCUGAACGCUUGCCACAUGUUGAACCGCUUCCCAGCACUGAAAGCUCUAUUCGUCAGGAAGUAUCACUUGCGUCAGCUCAUUAUAAAGAUCUCAUGAAUCGUGUGAAUGCUCUGCAAGACCGUAUUUCUGGAUUAAGUGGACGCCAACGGGAAUAUCAAGAAUCCAUUGAUAAAGUCAAUGAGUGGUUGCGCAGCAUUCGUCCACAUGCGUUACGCAUUAUAGGCGACCCAAUUGGCGAAGAUUCUAAGUCUGUUCAAGAACAAAUGAGUGAAGCCAAGGCCUUAUAUAAUGAAUUACUUUCAAAUGGUCGACUUGUGGACUAUGCGCAACAAACUUUAGACAGUCUACUUCGUACAUUAGGAACUCAACUCAAUCCUGCGGAAAUUAAAUUACUUGAAUUACCAAUAACAGAAUUAAAGGAAAGCUACCAAGGGCUAUUAGAUUCGUUAGGCGAACAUUGCAAAAAUUUAGACAGAACGCUUGUGCAGUCACAAGGUGUUCAGGAUGCUUUAGAAAGCCUUAGUAAUUGGGUUACUCAAGCUGAAGAGAAAUAUAAAUUGCAAUUACGUCUUGCGUCUCUUAUCAAAGAACGUUUACAGGAACAAAUGCGUGAACAUAAAGCUUUCUUGGCUGAUGUUCAAUCGCAUCAAAUUAGUAUCGAUAGCGUCUACUCUUCUGCUCAGCUGUUAGUGAAGGCGGCCUUAAGUGCUCGCAUUGCGAAAAUGGUGGAAAAUAAUUUGAAUGACAUUACCAACAAAUUCAAUAGACUUUUCGAUAAAGCCGUUAAACGGGGUGAAUUUUUCGAUGAUAUUUAUAAUAAACUGUGCAGGUAUUUAGAUGAAAUAACGAAUGUUGAACAGAGUAUAGGUUCUCUACAAGAAGCUAUCGAUAGUCGCGAUACUACGUUGCUCACAGCGGAGGAUCAAAUGAAACGUAUGAUUGAGAUUUCUAAUCGAAAAGAGAAAUUUAGUUCAACUUUCGACGAUUGUAUGCGGCAUGGAAAAGAUCUAAUCACCAUUCGUGACGUAACCGAUACUAGUUUGUUGCGAGAUCGAAUUAAAGCUUUAGAAUCGCAGUGGCGUAAUUUUACAGUCAAUCUUGAAGACAAAAUGAAAUUAUCGAAGCAGAAGUCAGAGCAUCGUGCAACUUACGAAAAUCUCAAAAGUCAAGUUUUGAUUUGGUUGGCAGGUAUGGAAAGUCGUAUCGCAGGAUUAGAUCCAGUUGCUAUAGAUCUGAAUAAAAUAACUCAACAAAAUGAUGAGUUGAAACCUAUAUUCAAAGAUUAUCGUGAGUACGCUUCUACUAUCGACAAAAUAAAUGAUAUUGGUGCACAUUAUGACGCUUUAAUUCGACCUGAGAGUCCCAGUCGUAAGCGCUCUAUAUUCAGUCCGAUAAAACGGGUUAGUCCUUUGCGACGUAUGUCUGGAGAAACCAGGAGCCCAAGUCCAACCAAGGGAGGAAUUCUGUCGCCACUAUCGACUGGCAGCAGUGGAUUCGGUAGCCGCAGAUCCUCUCAAGACGGUUUUCAACUUACUGAGAUAUCGCCAGUACAACAACAAUUAAGCGAAAUUAAUAAUCGGUACGGUUUAAUUGGAGUUCGAUUGAAUGACCGUCAAAAUGAGUUAGAUAACAUGAAUGAAGAGAUUCGUAAACAAUAUGAAAACCUCAAAAAUCUUAGUAUUUUCUUAGAUCGAAUUCACCGCCAAUUACCAAAGGAAACUAUAUCAAAUAAGGACGAAGUGGACCGCUGCAAUAAACAAGCUAAAAGAACCAUCGAAGAUAUGUAUGAGAAGCAAAGUUUAUUAGAUACUACCAAAACACAAAUUAAAGAUAUAUUGCGACGAAAAUCGGAAGUGUAUGGGGCUGAUCAAUUGCGCACUGAAAAUGAAAAUGUCUUGGAUAAAUGGAAACACCUUUCAGAAGCUUGCAAAAACUGCAUAAACUUUUCGGAUAAGUUGCGAGAUUUUUUGGACACACAUAACAACCUGAAAAACUGGCUUGAUAGCAAAGAACGAAUGCUAACUGUACUUGGGCCCAUUUCUUCAGAUCCCCGAAUGGUCCAAAGUCAAGUACAACAAGUCCAGGUCUUACGUGAAGAGUUUCGUACCCAACAACCACAAUUAAAACAUUUUCAAGAAAUAGGGCAAAGUAUUUUAAAUUAUCCACAUUCCGAAACACUUGACGGAGUUGCAGUUAGUAAAAAACUGCAAGAUAUUGACGGUAAAUGGGAAGACCUAGUUUCACGACUUGAUGAACGCGCCAAUUGUUUAGGUGGAGCUGCAGACAGUAGCAAAGAAUUUGACGCUGCAGUAAGUAGGUUAAAAGAAGCUCUUCAGCAAAUUAGCGAUAAUUUGGAUAUCUUGCCUUCCCAUAUGGACUAUCAAGAAAAACUUCGAAAAAUUGAAAACCUUGAACGUCAGUUAGAAGGCCAACGUCCUUUAUUGGCGGACGCAGAACAAUCUGCAACAGCUCUUUGCAAUAUCCUAGGUGAUUCUGCGUCACGCGCUGAUGUAAACUCACGUGUUGUAGCUUUAGGUAAACAAUACCAAACCCUGCAAAAAAAACUUGACACUAAGAAAGCUGAAACCGAAGCUACUCUUAGGAACGGGCGCCAAUUUACAGAAAGUUGCUCUAAAACUCUUGGUUGGCUAUCUGGAGAAUUGACAAACUUAAACGAGCGGCUUUUGGUAUCGGCUCACAAGCCUUCAUUACAACAUCAAGUUGAUUCUCAUGAGCCGAUUUAUCGUGAAAUAAUGGCACGUGAGCACGAAAUCAUAAUGCUUUUAAACAAAGGCAAAGAUCUUAGUGACCUUCAACAAGACCGCAUUGCCAAACGUGAUUUAGACCGCAUUCAACAACAAUGGGAGAAACUCAGACGCGAAGCAGUUGAGCGUCACACUCGACUACAAACAUGUAUGGAAUAUUGUAGAAAAUACAUUCAAAAUUCUGAAAUAUUUUUAACUUGGUUACGACUAGCGGAGGAUAAAUUAAAUAGUUUCGCACCUGGCGUGCUCUCCAAGUCGAAAUUAGAAAAUCAUUUGCGAGAUCUUCAAGCUUUCCGCAGUGAAGUGUGGAAACAUUCAAACGACUAUGAAAAUACUAAAGUGUCAGGCGAAACAUUUCUUAACAGUUGUGAUAUCGAUAAAGAAUCGAUUAGCAAAGAACUUCGAGACAUUCAUGAGAAAUGGGAGAGUUUAAAUAAUGAUCUUAUUGCACGUGCACAAGAAAUUGAAAAUUAUUCCCGUCGCUUGGGAGAUUUUAAUGAUGAGCUUCGUAAUUUAAAUCAUGAUGUGAGCAGAUGUGAAGAUCGUUUGGCUGCUCAUGAUGCUCUUGGUGGAACCGCCAAAGAUGCGAAGCUAGUAGAACGCGUAAAAACUAUACGAGAAGAACUUCGGAAUUUGCAGAAUCCUUUACAACGUUUAAAGAAUAUGGCAAACGAAAUUUGUGUAGAAAUUCGCGCUUUGGGCGGUGAUGCGGAGCAUCUUAUCGAUGACGUUGACAACAUUGCUGAUCGCAUCACGGAACUCGAAAGACGUCUUAACGACCGUUUAGAUGUUUUACAGUCUGUCGCGACGGCAGUGUCCCAUUUUAAUGAUAAAGUUAAAGUUCUAGCUACUGAUAUUAAUGAACUUGAAAACGAAAUCGAAAAUCUGUCAGCGCCUGCUCGGGAAAUUCAAAUUGUUCAAGUGCAAUAUGAUGAAACAACCAAAUUACGAAGCAAAAUUGACAGAGCUGCUGAAGGCAUUGAAGAGUGCGAACUCGCGGCGGAUGCAUUAGUUGAUGCUGGUUUUUCACCAGAUGCAGCCCAAACACGUGAGCAAAUUUCGAUUUUACGCAAGAAUCUCAUGCGCCUUGAUAAUCGGUUGCGAAGUCAUAGUCACAUUUUAGAAGAGACCUUGCUUACUUUGCAAAAUUUUUAUGAAAUUCAAUCUCAUACUUUGAACGAUAUCCACAAAGUUGUUGAAGAAUUUCGUCUUAUGAAACCUGUUGCCUCAGAACUUGACCAUAUUCGUCGUCAACAAGAAGAUUUCCGUAAUUUUCGAAUGCAAAAAUUAGAGUCUUUAUGUAAAAAUGUGGAUAAAGUCAAUAUUACUGGUCGCGAUUUAGUUCGGUCUGCAGCGAGUGGAGUUUCUACCAAUAACAUUGAAAAGGAUCUUGAAAAUUUGAAUGAAUGUUGGAAUGAUUUAAAGGAACGCAUGAAUGAACGUGAUCGCCGCCUAGAUGUAGCGUUGCUGCACUCUGGAAAAUUUCAGGAGGCUCUUGAAGGCUUAGCUAAAUGGUUAUCAGAUACCGAAGAAAUGGUUAAAAAUCAAAAAGCUCCAAGCUCGGAUUAUAAAGUUAUUAAAGCUCAAUUACAAGAACAGAAAUUCUUAAAAAAAAUGCUUUUAGAUCGACAAAAUUCUAUGUCAUCGUUGUCUUCUUUGUCUAAGGAAGUCAUAAGCCACACCGAUAUAUCCGAACGCUCAGUUAUCGAAAAACAACUGCAGGAUCUUAUGGAACGAUUUGACACAUUGACAUAUGGUGCUGAACGCCGCGAGCGAGAUCUUGAAGAAACUAUGGGAAUUGCUAAACGCUUUCAUGAUAAAAUUAAUCCAUUACAGCUAUGGUUGGAUACUACCGAACGUACUGUAAAAAGUAUGGAACUUGUUCCUACUGAUGAAGAAAAAAUUCAGCAACGAAUAUUAGAACACGAAAGACUACAUAAUGAAAUUUUGGAAGAGAAACCAAAUUUCUCUCAAAUGGCUGAUAUAGCUAGUCAAUUGAUGCAUUUGAUAAGCGAUGACGAAGCCGUAAAUUUAAGCGAAAAGGUGCGAAAAAUAACAGAUCGUUACACUGAGCUGGUUGAUUCAAGCGAGAAUAUUGGUUCCUUAUUGAAUGAAUCACGUAAAGGUCUACGACACUUAGUUUUAACAUAUCAAGACCUUGCUGCUUGGAUGGAGCACAUGGAAAUUGAGCUAAAACGGUUUCACUCUGUGCCAGUUUUCGCUGAAAAGCUUUUGGAGCAAAUGGAUCUUUUGUUACAACUUAAUGAAAAUAUUGCUAAUCACGCACCAAAUGUUGAGUCCACUGUAGAAUGUGGGGCAGAACUAAUGAAACAUAUAUCAAAUGACGAGGCCCUUCAGCUGAAGGACAAGUUAGACUCUCUACAACGACGAUAUGGAGAAUUAACUAAUCGCGGUGGUGAUCUCUUAAAAAACUCUCAAAAUGCUCUACCUUUAGUUCAACAAUUUCAUGGGGGGCACAGUCGUUUAAUAGAAUGGAUGCAAAUCGCUGAAACGUCUCUCUCUUUAAGUGAACCUCGUCAAUUUGAUGUGUUACGUUUAGAAGGAGAGUUAGCUGAAAUGCGCACAGUUCUAGAUGUGGUCAAUUUGGUUGGACCGCAAUUAUGUCAAAUAUCACCUGGUGAAGGAGCUGCUGUAAUUGAAAAUAUAGUAACCCGUGAUAACCGUCGGUUCGAUGCAAUUGUUGAGCAAAUUCAACGCAAAGCCGAACGCUUGCAUUUGAGCAAUCAACGUGCGAAGGAAGUGAUGAAUGGCAUUGAUGAAUUAUUGGAAUGGUUCCGUGAUAUGGAUGCUACACUUCGUGAUGCUGAAUUACCUGCAAUUGAACCUAAACUAGUACGAGGCCAAUUACAAGAACAUCGUUCUAUUAAUGACGAUAUAUCAGGUCAGAAAGGUCGAGUUCGUGACAUUACAGCGGCUUCGAAGAAAGUUUUACGGGAAUCACCCCAAAGCGACAAUACAUCUACUUUACGGGAGAAGCUUGAAGACCUGAAGGAAAUUGUGGAAACUGUAGUGCAAUUGUGCAGCGAACGUCUAAGCACAUUGGAACAAGCCUUACCACUUUCAGAACAUUUUGCUGAUUCUCACGCUGGUUUGAGUGCUUGGUUUGAUGACAUGGAAGCACAAAUAUCCCGCCUGAGCACGCCAGCUCUUCGUCCUGAUCAGAUAUCUCAACAACAGGAUAGGAAUGAGCGUUUAUUACAGUCCAUUUUAGAACAUAAACCAUUGCUUGAUAAGCUUAAUAAAACUGGCGAGGCAUUGGGAGCUUUAGUCACGGAUGAUGAUAGUGGGAAGAUAAAUGAAAUUUUGACAACAGACAGCGCUCGCUAUUCUGCAUUGCGGCAGGAAGUACGUGAAAGGCAACAAGCCCUUGAAAACGCUUUACAAGAGUCAAGUCAAUUUUCUGAUAAGAUAGAAGGACUGUUACGAGCAUUAACCAAUACAGUAGAACAAGUGAACCAACUAGAUCCAUUGUCAGCUUUGCCUCAGAAAAUUCGGGAACAAAUUGAAGACAAUGCGGCUAUUGGAGAAGACCUAGAAAAGCGUGCCGACGCUUUUAAUGCAGUACAGCGAGCUGCUAAUGAUGUAAUUGCUAAAGCUGGUAAUAAAUCUGAUCCGGCUAUUCGUGACAUUAAAAGCAAAUUGGAAAAGCUUAAUACUCUAUGGUCAGAUGUUAAAAAAGCUACUAAAAGACGUGGCAGCUCACUUAAUGACAUACUUAGUCUGGCUGAAUCAUUCUGGAAUCAACUAUUGUGUGUCAUGAAAAGUCUAAAAGACCUCGAAGAGAAUCUUUCAGCCCAAGAAGCACCUGCAGCGCAACCUCAAGAAAUACAAAAACAACAAGUUGCCUUGCAAGAAAUUCGAUAUGAAAUUGACCAAACGAAACCCGAAGUUGAACAAGUUAGACGACGUGGAAACAACUUAAUGAGUAUGUGUGGAGAGCCCGACAAACCAGAGGUUAAAAAACACAUUGAUGACUUAGACAACGCGUGGGAUAACAUAACCGCUUUAUACGCAAAACGUGAAGAAAAUCUUAUAGACGCAAUGGAAAAAGCUAUGGAGUUUCACGAAACUUUACAAAAACUUCUACAAUUUUUGACAAAUGCUGAAGAGAACUUUACACGUUUGGGCCAGAUAGGCACUGACAUUGACGCCGUAAAACAACAAAUUGACCAACUUAGGUCGUUCAAAGACGAGGUUGAUCCACACAUGGUUAAAAUUGAAGCACUAAAUAGGCAAGCGAUAGAGUUGACGGAAAGAACAUCCCCAGAACAAGCUGCGUCAAUCCGGGAACCACUCUUAGUUGUUAAUCGUCGUUGGGACAGCCUAUUGCGUUGUAUGGUCGAGAGGCAAAAGCAGUUGGAGCAUGCUCUCUUGCAUCUCGGUCAGUUUCAACACGCGCUUAGCGAAUUAUUAGUGUGGAUUAAUAAAACAGAUAUUACGUUGGAUCAAUUAAAACCUAUACCUGGGGACCCACAGUUGCUUGAAGUUGAGUUGGCGAAAUUGAAAGUACUUGCGAAUGACAUUCAAGCCCAUCAAAAUUCUGUAGACACUUUAAAUGAUGCAGGACGGCAUCUCAUCGAAUCUGAAAAAGGUUCUCUCGAAGCGUCCACUACACAAGAGAAGCUUCGCAAACUCAAUCAAGAAUGGAAAACGCUUUUACAAAAAUCUUCUGACCGCCAACACGAGCUAGAAGAAUCUCUAAGGGAAGCACAUGGCUACAUAUCUGAAGUACAAGAUAUAUUAGGGUGGUUAGGCGAUGUUGAUGCUGUUAUCGGAGCUAGCAAACCGGUUGGAGGUCUUCCUGAGACCGCCGCUGAACAGUUAGAGCGUUUCAUGGAAGUGUAUAAUGAACUCGAGGAAAAUCGUCCCAAAGUCGAAACUAUCCAAACCCAAGGACAAGAAUAUAUUAAAAAGCAAAAUCAAAUAAAGGUUUCAUCGAGUAAUUUGCAGCACACAUUACGUACUCUUAAGCAACGUUGGGAUGCCGUUAUAUCGCGAGCUUCAGAUAAAAAAAUUAAACUUGAGAUUGCCUUAAAGGAAGCCACAGAAUUCCACGAAACUUUACAAACUUUCGUCGAGUGGUUAAAUCAAGCCGAAAAACAAUUAGCUAAUGCUCAGCCGGUGUCACGAGUGCUUGAAACGAUUCAAGCUCAAAUGGAAGACCAUAAAAUUUUGCAAAAGGAUGUAAGCACUCACCGUGAGGCUAUGCUAUUACUAGAUAAAAAAGGCACUCACCUUAAAUACUUCAGUCAAAAGCAGGACGUUAUUUUAAUUAAAAAUCUUUUGGUAUCCGUGCAACAUCGUUGGGAAAGGAUUGUCAGCAAAGCGGCUGAACGUACACGUGCCCUUGAUCAUGGAUAUAAAGAAGCGCGCGAAUUUAACGACUCUUGGAGUAAUAUGAUGCAAUAUUUAGAAGAAACGGAAGCUAUUUUAGAUCAAAUAAUUGAGGAAGCUGCUAAUACAAAGGAGCCACAAAAAAUCAAAAAGUGUAUAUCAAAAAUAAAAGACACCCACCGCCAAUUAACAGGAAAACAGUCUUCGUAUGAUUCCACAAUGCGCUCUGGCAAAAACCUUAUAGAGCGUGCUCCAAAGAGCGAUGAACCAAUUAUGGGAAAAAUGUUAUGUGAUCUUAAAGAUAGAUGGAGUAGAGUACUUCUAAAAAGUAUUGAACGCCAGCGUAAAUUGGAAGAAGCGCUUCUGUUAUCGGGCCAAUUCUCAGAUGCUCUUGGCGAAUUGUUAGAUUGGCUAAAAAAGGCUGAAAGUAUUUUGAAUCAAGACGGUCUCGUCCAUGGUGACUUGGAAACUGUUCAGGGACUUUGGGAACAACACAAACACUUAGAACAAGACUUACAAAAACGUUCCACUCAAAUGCAAAGUGUAUUAAAGACAGGUCGGGGACUUGAGCGUUCUGGUAAUAAUCCUGAUAUUGGUCUUCAACUUGAUGAACUUCAGUCCAUUUGGGACGAGGUUAAAAACGACACAGCAAAACGAGGCGAACGUUUGCAACAAGCAUUGAAGGAUGCUGAAAAAUUAAAUAAAAAUAUACAAGGAAUUUUCGAUUGGUUAGAUCAUGCUGAACAUAAAUUACGCUAUGCCAAAAAUGCUCCUGACGACGAGCGGAUUUCGCGUGAAAUGAUGGAGACGCAUAAAGAAUUUAUGGCCGAUUUAAGUCUUCGUGAGCGGCAAAAAGUCGAAACAUUUAAAUUUGCGGAGGAAAUAAUAUCUAAAGCGUAUCCGGAUGCCAUACCAAUAAUCAAGAACUGGUUAAAUAUAAUUGAAGAACGCUGGGAGGAAGUCAAACAAUGGGGUGUCAAUCGAGAAUCCAAAUUGGAACAACAUUUACAGUCCCUCAAAGAUCUUGAUGACACAAUCGAGAAACUAUUGAUAUGGUUAAAUGGUUUAGAGGCCACGUUGCUAAAUCUUGAACGUGAGUCAUUGCCCGACGAAAUUGCGCCUUUGGAAAAAUUAAUUGAGGAUCAUAAAGAGUUUAUGGAGAACACAGCUAGACGUCAAGCUGAAAUUGAUCGCGCGUGCAAACCUAAGCAAUUGACGGUUGGCAGUCGCAAAACGUCUCGCGCUGCGAAAACUCCGGUUCGUGGCUCAAGUCAUGAUAUACGUGAACAAUCACCUGAUGGUACUUUAAGACGUCAAAGCUUCAAAGGCUCUCGAGAUUAUGGACUAAAUGUGCGCAAAUCGGGUAGUCGUAUAACACCUAAUCGUGACACACCUGAUAGAGAUCGCUUGCCACAUUACGGGCCGCGCUUUUCUCCAAGCUCAGUGGGCUCAGAACUAGAGUUUCGAUCUUCCAGAGCUAAACUUUUAUGGGACAAAUGGCGGCAAGUUUGGAUGCUUUCUUGGGAGCGCCAACGUCGGUUAAAUGAUCACCUUAUGUAUUUGAAAGACUUAGAGCGCGUUCGCAACUUCAGUUGGGAUGAUUGGAGGAAAAGGUUCCUUAAGUACAUGAACCAUAAAAAAUCUCGCCUAACUGACUUAUUCCGUAAAAUGGAUAAAGAUAACAACGGGCUUAUACCUCGGGGUGAAUUUAUUGAUGGAAUUCUAAAUACAAAAUUCGACACGUCGCGGAUGGAAAUGGGAGCUGUUGCCGAUCUUUUUGAUCGUAAUGGUGAAGGUUUAAUAGACUGGCAAGAAUUUAUUGCUGCUUUGCGACCAGACUGGCAAGAACGCAAACCAGUGACAGACUCCGACAAAAUACACGAUGAAGUUAAACGUUUGGUUAUGCUCUGCACAUGUCGCCAAAAAUUCCGGGUGUUUCAAGUUGGCGAAGGCAAAUAUAGGUUUGGUGAUUCCCAAAAAUUACGACUGGUGCGCAUUUUACGUAGUACUGUCAUGGUACGUGUUGGCGGUGGUUGGGUGGCCCUAGAUGAAUUUUUGCAAAAGAAUGAUCCAUGUCGUGCCGAUGAACAUUUAGCAGAGUUAAUGCCAAUAUUUGAGAGAAUACGUGCACAAGAGCAAGUUCCCUGCGCCUUCCCCAUUCAUAUGGGUGCUGCCGGUGGCACCAUUUUUAUGCGCUGCAAUAACAGCCGUUCUGUACCAUUAAGCCCACAUGUUAUACACUGUCACCCCACAACACUUUCGGUACGUGAACGUUCCGUGCGUUCAAUACCGAUGUCGAAACCAUCGCGUUCAUCUUUGUCAGCGUCCACUCCUGAUUCACUCAGCGAUAAUGAAGGCAACCAAGGCGGAAACACUUCGGGACGAUACACGCCACGUAAGGUAACUUACACUAGUAUCAGAACGGGUCUAACACCUAGCGCUUCAAGACCAAAUUCAAAACCGAACUCCCGUCCCCUAAGUAGGCAAGGCUCUAAGCCUUCAUCACGACAAGGAUCUACAUUAUCGUUAGACAGUACAGACGAAGCCACGCCAUCACGCAUUCCACAACGUAAAGCAUCAUCAGGGGGCACAGGCUCUAAUCCAAGGCCAUCAAGGUUGUCCGUUACGCCCACAACAUCUCGCACAAACGGUGCAGGUGCUAUACCUCGGAAAACUGCAUCUGGUUCUGCAAGUCCCGCACCAACUAUCCAUGGCGGAAUGAUUAGAUCGUCUAGUAUACCAGCACUGACAGGCUUUGGCUUCAAACCUAGCAUCCGCACCUCGAGGAUACCUAUCAAAAUAUCUUUAAGUGAAAAUUCCUCUCCGACAUGUUCUGCUUUAAGUAGUGCUAACUACAACUUUGGGCGAAGUGGGACUUCCACACCGUCGGGUUUGCAAACACCUAGGAAAAAUUCAGGAGAUCCAUCUGUUAGCUCAAAUAUGCGAAGAACAUCACGGGGAACUACACCGGUUGAAAAACGAGAACCGUUUAGACUUUAAAACGACAACAGUGCAAGGUUUAUUCAACCAACGACGAACUUUAACAUUUCGUUCAAUUCCCAUUUACAUUGCAAAAAUGUGAAUAUUAUAUUUACGCGUAAAACUAUGGUUACAAACAAUUGAAAGUAAACAAUUAAGGAAGUUGCUAUUGGCACCAACAAAAGCAGUAACACUAGCCUUAACAUUUAAUAUAUCAAUUUUUUUUUAAUAUUGAAGACGUUGAGUAAAUUUCGUAUUUGGACUUCAGUAAUUAUAUUGGAAUACUAAAGGACGAAACUCUUUCGAAUCUUACAUUUUAGAAGACUAAUAACAAUCGCCAGUUCAAUAUGUUAUACAAAAAUAGUUUAAAAC